AUGUCAAUCCAUCGAAGUGCCCGAAAAAACUUCCACGUUAUGUGGCAUCACGGAAGCCUCCAGCACAAAAUACUCUUUUACCUGCACCCCUUCCUGCAAGAUCUGGUCUACAUUUGGAGCGAUGUUUGGAGCGUUAACCUGUUGGCCGCGCCACUUCCGGCCGUCGUCAAGCUGUCACUGAGUGUGCUGAUACUAUGCGUCAUGCUGCUGCCGUUGGUGUACUGCGUGGUUGGGACGGCGAUGUACUUGGGAUUUUUGCAGUACCAAAUUGAGAGUUUGUACCCUGGCAUCAUUUCCAAGCAAUUCAAAGUUUACCAUUGGUUUGGUGACAUUUUCCAAACUACUCUCUCGAACUACUCUGAAGAAAUGGUGAAGCAAUGGAAAAGACAGUUCUAUCAGGGUCUGCUGUUUGUCGUGGGAACAAUCGAUUAUUUCAGAGUAAUUUUGGAACUGAUCUAA